GCGGAGAGGCACAGUCAACGUUUAAUCGUACGACAAACAACAACUAGUGCAGUUAAUUUUCGCUUCAGAACAACACAGACCUUCUAACAAACAAUCCUUCAAAAUGUUCAGAUUGGUGGUGUUGUCUGCUGUUCUUGCCGUUGCCGCUGCCGCCCCAGGAGCCGCUAUCGUAGCUUCAGCCCCAUUGGCCUAUCAGACGUAUGCCGCAGUCCCAGCUUUAGUGGCCCAGAAGGAGAUCGCUUACGAGAAGAGCAUCAUCGAGGAGCCAACCGUUGCCCACGUGGGAAACAUUGAAAAGAAGAUCCCAACCGGAUACUCGCACCAGAGCUUCACCCAGUACCACAACAAGCAGGUCGCCGAACAUGUGUAUGCCCCAGCCGUGAAGAAGACUGUCGUCGAAACUCCUGUUGAGAAGACCACCUACCACGCUGCCUCGGUGGCCACUCCAGCCAUCACCUAUGCUGCUGCCCCAGUUGUGGCCAAGACCCACUACGUUGAAGCUGCCCCAGCUCUGGCCUAUGCUGCUCCAAUUGCCAAGACCCACUACGUCCAGGCCGCUCCAGCUCUGGCCUACGGAACCGCUUACGAUCUCCCAUACGCCAAGGCUGCCUACUACAGCGAAUACCCAACCGUGUACAGUGCUCCGGCUGCCGUCUACGCCAAGUACUAAGUUGACUGUCCCAAAAUUCCUCCCCCAAACGACUUCGAUUUCAUUUUCGACUGUGAAUAGUUAUUUUUCUUUUGUUCGCUUUUUGAGGAUUGUUUCCGCGGAAGAUGAGAAAAAUAAAAACUUGAAAUUAGUUUAAUUUA